AUGGAUCAGACGCUGGAAGAAGUUGUCAAAUAUUGCAGCAAGCAACUUGAUGCUUAUCAGCGCUGCAUAGAGAAUAAUCCUCAGAAUUGGGGAGUUGCUUGUUCGAAAUAUAAGACCGAACUUAAUAAAUGCGCCGAAGAAAAUGUGACGGAAGUAAAACGUGUCAAAGCCAAAUGCAGUUCAGUCAUUUCAGCAUUUGACAACUGUCUACAGAAAAAUCAAAAAGAUCCGGAUAAAUGUAUAGAAGAACUAAAGCAGCUGUACCAGUGCACAGAAGAAGCUGCAGGAAGGAAGUUAUCCAGUCGACCCCCAGCGAUCGCUGAUAACAAGAAAUUUGUAGAUCUAUCCGCGUAUAGAAUCCAGUCCGCACCUCCGAGUGCUUAUUACAUAGAAGAAUUUAUUAGCGCCGAUGAAGAAAGAGUUCUCUUGGAUAAAGUUUAUGCGGCCCCAAAACCAAAAUGGGUCUCUUUAAAGAACAGAAGGCUCCAAAACUGGGGUGGAAUACCAAGAGAUAAGAGCAUGCUCUCUGAACCACUACCAUCUUGGUUAACAGAGCCUAUUUUCCCAAAGCUGACAUUUUUGAAAGUGUUUGACAAAUGCGCAGCGCGUAAGCUUCCAAAUCAUUGUCUUGUGAAUGAAUAUGUCAGUGGUCAAGGAAUUAUGCCGCAUGAAGAUGGUCCAUUAUAUUAUCCAACAGUCGCAACAGUUUCUCUUGGAUCACAUACAGUACUGGAUUUUUAUAAGCAUCGUUUUCAGAAUGCAGAUCAGAGUAACAUGGAUUCAAAUCCUCUGGCGUUUUCUCUAUUGAUUAAGCCAAGAAGUCUCUUAGUGCUUCAAGAUGAUCUUUACAAAAGUUAUUUGCAUGGCAUUGAAGAAAGAAACAAGGAUGUUUUAUCAGAGAAAAAUAUAAUUAAUGCUGUGGAUGUGGAAGAUAUUGAAAUAGAAAGGGGAACUAGAGUCAGUUUGACCUUUCGCAUUGUUGAGAAAGUCAUCAAUAUCAAAGCAAGCUUAUUUAACAGAAAAACCUAA